GCCGAGCGGCAGCCUGGGCGUCCUUUUAAAGCAACGCCGACGCCUUCCGCCGCCGGCGCUAGCGACGUUCCCCUCGCGUCACACCACGCGCAGCAGCCGGGAAGUCAGACAGAACCGCAAGCUCCGUAACGUCAGGCGCCCCGUUCCCAUGUGCGCCGUCUCCGGGCUUCCCUGGCAGCUGGGAACACCGUCACCGCGGCAGCUUACAGGACUUCGACGCGCUUCUUGGGCACGGCGAUCCCGGGAUCCUACCAUUUCCUUCGGCCGGAUCGCGACGUGCGACCGGCGUGCGGUCCGGGAUCCCGACUGAUUAUCUUCUGGGAACUGUCGCAGUCGCCGCUUCGAGGGCCUCGUCACGGCGUCGACGUUUUCUGUCGAGGUCUUCCGCGACGCACCUUUGUGUCGGCAACCGAAUCCUCACCGGCGUCGACCCUUUCCCGCCAUCGGUCGGGUGUCCGGUGCUUCGUCGUGUUACUGCGAAGAAGGAGGGCAACACGUGACUGGUUUUUUUUUUUCUGCACCGCUUUGUUCUAGACGGGCGGCGUGCACGUGAUUGUGUGCUUUUCGAUCCCUUUCUGACUCUUCGUAUUUAUUUUUUUUACACGCCCUCACCUUCUUUUGCCAUUGUGAAACUGAACUGAGCCGCUCUGUUUUGCUGCGGUUUUUCGAUUACGAAUCACCGGACAUCGAAUUUCCGCCUCUUCAAAAUCGUCGCCGGCUUCGGGAGCGAGCGACUGCCACUGCACCGUCGCCCGUUCGACGCGCGAGUUGCCAUUCGUCGGCGGCGACUGCUCGUUUCCAGUGGCGUCUGUUGAAGCUCGUCGACUGACUUCAACGCGUCUCGUCAUCUUCGUUGCGGCUUACCCGCCCCUAACUCGGAACACUUUGUUGGCGCGCAGCGCUGUUGACGGAAGUGCUGUUCUAAAAAGACUCUGCGGCGGUCCAUCGCCGAUGAACGCUUUCUUUUGACGCGGGACUUCAACGCGGGACCUCAACGUCGGGAAAACAUGGUGUUCGUGCUGAGUCCGAGUCGGCGCUUCAGCGGCAAGUGGCUGAUGGCGGACAUAUCGCCCGAGCGGCCGUCGACGCCUACCAAGGGAACGCCCGUAACCUCGCCCAAUGGCACCAGUGCCGACAUCAGCAGCGUGGUCGAGAACAUCGCCAAGGCGACCCAGUUGAGCGAGAAGUUGAACACCGUGUCGUCUUCUUCGUACAGUGCCUCGGAAAAGCACUCCAGCAGCUCCCAGAUGCUGAAAAGCUCGACGACGGCUGCGUCGAGCUCGGGGUCACUGCUGAACAAGAAGUCGCAGCUGCUGCACCACUCGCUGGCGAGCUCGCAGCAGCAGACGCAGCAGCAACAGAAGGAAGAGCAGCAGCAGGUGUUCCAGCAGGAGAACCGUAGCACCACGAACUACAGUCGCAGCGUGAGCGUGAGCUCCAGCAGCUCGAGCACCGACUCGAGGCUCAAGACGAUCUCGUCGCAGAGGGGCUACACGGUCGACUGCAGCGUGCCGGAGGCCUCCGAGGAAGGCCGCGUCCGCGAGUCGACGCCCUCCGAGGUUCGUUUCGAGCAGAAGCGGGUCACCUCUUCGGCCAAGAGCAAGCUGGUGGCCGACGGCGUGACGGCCGAGAAGUCGGCCACCACCAACAAGGAGCUCAAGAGGCUUCAGGCUGGAGACAUCACCUUUCAGGAGAAGCAACACUCUCAGGCAAUGAAAGCUCGCAUGGAAGGCGAAGGGUUCUCGGCCGAGAAAAUGGCCGCCGUGAAGCAGGACCAGAAGCAGCUCAAAAUGGGCGACACACUUCACCAGCAGCAGAAGACCGCCGCGGCGUCAGCAUCAAAGAUGUCUACGGAAGACUAUACGGCUGAAGAGAUCUCCAUGGCGAAAAAAGAAGAGCGCCAGAUGUACACCCAAGGUGUGUUGCAGCAGGAAAAGAGUGCCGCCUCUUCCGCCAGCUCCAAGGUUUUCGUGAGCUCCAAAGGAGUGUCCAAGUCGUCCGCGUCGCACCAGACAGUCAAGCAUAUGGACUACAGCAGCGGUGGUAGCUCCUGCGCUUCGCCCAUUGUGACGUCGCCGACGCAGGAUAUGUUCAGCAGUGGCCUGCCGCCGCUCCCUACAAACCAGAGGCCCGCCGUUGGCCAGGGCUUGGCCGACGAGCUGGACACACUUCGGUCCCCAUUGUCUCAACCGGAAGUUGAUAAGGCCAUCUCGCGAUUCGCCAGUCGGAUGGCGCUCUGCGUGGAGCAGUUGAAGGCCGCCGCCGACGAAGAAGCCGUAGAGCUUCUGGCCACGAUGUCGGUCAUCAUCCGCAAAGCGUGGGCCGUCCCGACGUACGGACACGACCUGGGAUUCACCAUGUGUAACAUCCUGCGCACCAACGGUGGCCUCGACGUAAUCCUCAAGAACUGUUCUUCUGGCAGCGAGGAGCUGCAGUUCGCCAGUGCCAGGCUUCUGGAACAGUGCCUGUCUACGGAGAACCGGUCAUACGUAGUCGAACACGGUCUCGAAGCCGUUGUGCAGGUAGCGUGCAAGUGCAGCUUCAACAACCAGGCUAACUACUCUCGAGUGGGAACGGGAAUCCUAUGUCACCUGUUCAAGCAUUCCGAGUCCACCUGCAGUGAGUUGAUUCGCCUCGGAGCGCUCAAGUCCAUCCUGUACGACUGCCGUACGAGUGACGUGGAGACGCUGCGGCACUGCGCUUCCGCCCUGGCGAACCUCAGUCUGUACGGCGGGCCCGAGAAUCACCAAGCCAUGAUCAAGCACAAGGCUCCCAUGUGGCUGUUUCCACUUGCCUUCAACCUGGACGACAACAUCAAGUAUUACGCCUGCCUCGCUAUAGCCGCGCUCGUGGCCAACAAAGAGAUCGAAGCGGCCGUCAUGAAGUCCGGAACGCUCGACCUGGUCGAGCCUUUCGUAACGAGCCACCAUCCCGAGGAAUUCGCCAAGAGUCACGUGGCACAUGUCCACGGACAGUCCAAAGACUGGCUGCUGCGGUUUGUACCCGUCCUCGACAGCAACAGAGAAGAAGCCCGAAGCCUCGCUGCGUUCCAUUUUGCCAUGGAAGCCGGCAUCAAGAAAAGACAAGGAAACACGUCGGUGUUCUCGGAAAUAGGAGCUUUGGAGGCCUUGCGAAAAGUAGCCAGCUCUCCAAACGCCAUCGCUUCAAAGUUCGCGGCCCAAGCGCUGCAGCUUAUCGGCGAAGAGGUGCCGCACAAGCUGUCCCAGCAGGUUCCCCUCUGGACUGUCGAGGACGUGAAGGAGUGGGUCAAGCAGAUCGGUUUCACCAACUACGCUUCGGAGUUCGUCAGCAGUCGAGUGGACGGCGACCUGCUGCUGCAGCUGGAUGAGCCCAUGCUGAAGGAAGACAUCGGCAUCAAGAACGGCAUCUUGCGGCGCCGCUUCCUGCGCGAGCUGUCGCAGCUCAAGCGCAUGGCAGACUACUCGUCGGUGGACACGACCAACGUCAACCAGAUCCUGCAGAGCCUCGGCUCCGACUUCAGCCAGUACACGUACCGCAUGCUCCAGAGCGGCGUCGACAUGGACUCGCUCAAGCUGCUCAACGACGACCAGCUGUUCAAGGAGUGCGGCAUCGACAACUCCAUCCACCGGCUACGCAUCGGACAGGCCAUACGCGGUUUGAACCAGUGCGCGGAUGAGGUGGACGAAAUCGAACGGAACAAGAGCCUCGAUGUCUUCGUCAGCUACCGGCGCUCCAACGGAUCUCAGCUUGCAAGUCUCCUGAAGGUUCACCUGCAACUGCGAGGCUUCUCCGUGUUCAUCGACGUGGAGCGAUUAGAAGCAGGAAAAUUCGACAACAACCUCCUCAACAGCAUACGGCAGGCCAAGCAUUUUUUACUCGUCCUCACACCAAACGCCCUCGACCGGUGCGUGGGUGACAAUGACCGCAAGGACUGGGUUCACAGGGAGAUUGUAGAAGCUCUUCAGAGCCAAUGCAACAUCAUUCCAAUCCUGGACAACUUCCAGUGGCCAGAAUCUGAGGUCCUCCCAGAGGACAUGAGGGCAGUUUGCUACUUUAAUGGUGUGCGAUGGAUCCAUGACUACCAGGAUGCGUGCGUCGACAAGCUCGAGCGGUUCAUGAGGGGCGAGAUGAACGUGCGCAGCGACGGUCCGCUGGGUCGCUAUGUGGGCAUGGGAGGACCGGGCACACCGGGCACUCCGAGCACGAUGGCCAGCUGCCGUGCAGCGGUGUACCAGCGCAGUGCCAGCAACGACAGCGCCAAGGGCAGCAACUCCUCUGACCGCGAGUCCAGCAAUGGCCGAGCUCCCACAGAGCAGCCACAAGCGCAACUCCCUGCGCAGCCACACUGCUGACCCCACCGCUCCACUGGGGGGUCCCCUCACUCAAGGACCCGUGCUGUAAAACCAAGCAUGCAGCUAGACAGAGCCAUCUGCUCCGCCAGCUGUCGCGGUGGGUUCCAGUCUUGAAUCAACCUUCUUCAACCGACGCAAACGGAGAAGCGACUGCCUCUUCUGCAGAGGCAAAGCUCCUCACUGUUCCGCAAGCGGCACAGUGAACUCGCAGAAUCAAGAACAUCAAUGCAAGAGAAGCCAUCGGGUCUUCCCCCCGUGGUUUCAUUAGAGUUCCUGCUUCUGUGAAACAAAGAAAGUCGACACCACGAGAACUCUUGUUUACCGAGGAACAGCACUGCUUGAAAUUGAGGACUAUAACGACUCAAGCUGUCUCCCCGGUGUUCAUGUGCAAGGCACACCAGUUUAUGAAAGUGAAACAUGCCGUCAGACAAUGUUUUUGAUGUUCAUGUUGCCUGCGUUCAGUAUUUGUCUACCUAAGGCUGCAGCUACAAUGCAUACUUUUAUGACGGGAAUCGUCAAUCGUGUCAGUGGCCAGUUGUGCAAUACUUUUGAAGUCUUAAGAAACGAUGAGCUUUACUUUGUUAAGGUCUCGCCUAGUGAACGUCGGAUCAACCAAUGCAACUACUUUCGAAUUAUGAGAGUUAACAUUGUGGUAUUACACCUAGUGAGAUGCCAGUAGGGCUUGCCUGGCAGAUUGAUGCUGCGAAUGAAGUGUUCGAGGAGGCGACAGUCAAUAUUAUAGGUGCCUCGUAUAGGCUUUUAAAGCAAGAUUUAAGUGUUUUAUGUAUAGAUACAAAAAGCAAGACCUUCAGCACGUCAGGCAUCGACGAUGAGCGACCUUAGCUGCAAAGUUGUGCUUUCGGAAAUGGCCGCUUGCCUUUCAUUUUCCGUCCAGCGCACUUUACGCUGUCGCCUAACAGAGUGCUUUUGAGUUUUGUUCGUUGCAAUAUCUUUUGUUGCGUUAGGGCCUACAGUAUAGAAGUGGUAUGAGAGGGCCAUACAGUGAGGACAAAUAUGAAGGAGAACAGCGAACUUGGAAUCUAAAGGACAUUUACUGUGAAAAAGUUGCAGCACUGAGUUUGGAAGUUGGACUUCCAGUCCGAGUGCUGCAGAUGUACCAAAUUAGGCGUCCCUCCCCACAUUAGACCACGACGUACACCUUCCUCAAGGCUAAGCACUAUUUUUUUUCUUGAUAAAGUUUCCACGAGCAACUCGAUAACAAAAAGAAAUGCAAUGGCCCGAUAUUUUUGGAUGUCUGAUAGUCACUGUAUAAAUUAUUGUUCCUAUGGUGCAGGCACCUCGGGAUAUUUAGUAUUUUUAAGUCACAUGUUUGUGUUGUGUUAUACCCCACUAUUUUUUUUUCUCCCCAUGCCCCCUUUACCUCAUGCGCAGGUGCUAGGCGUAAAAGCCUGACAUUGCGGAGCACUUGUCGAAUCAAAAAUAUCAUUUCAUCGUUGUAUAUACCGCAGAAUGUUUUCUCAGAUUCCGCUACGCGAGAGUUCAAUAAAAUGUUUUAUAUUAUAGGAA